AUGAUAAUUUCAAAUAGAGAACAACAUCGCCGUGAAUGUGCCUUCUUGGUAUUUUGCGAUGCCCGAAUAACACCUGCGGCAAUCACACGUGAAAUUGAGAAAUCUCAUAAUGUUGAUAUUCAUCAUGUGGAAGCACAAGAAUCAGCGUGGGGUUUGAGUAAAAAACUUUAUCGUUUUCAUGUCGACUAUGACCCUGGUGUUGUCGUUCUUAUAUCAGGUGCAUCGAACUCGUAUCGACCCGUAUUAACGAAACUAACGCGAUGCGGUUGGCGAGUGCAGUUAAUUCAUCCAAAAAACACAUGCAAAGAAAUCACCGAAUAUGUUGAUGAGAGCUGUUCUGUCGAGUCUUUUCUGGGAUCUGAUAUAGAACAUACGAAUGUUGUAAUUGACUUUCCGAAUAGCGCAUAUUUUGUGCUGAGUGAAUUGAAUAAAAGUGAUUUGGCUAUUGAGAUGUUCAACAACGUCGCGGAACAAUACGAAUCGAAAGUGAUCUACUUCAAUGAACGAACUGCUGAAGCGGUCAUCGAGUUGAGGGCAUUUGAUGUGGAAAGGUUUGAAUUAUUCGACAUUUUGGCCAGUGAACAAGCGAAUUAUCGACAGUGA